CCUGUGCCGGGCUGUCAUGGAAGGGCUGCUGACAAGAUGGAGAACAUUGCCUGCCCAGGCCACCUGCAGGCUUCAGCUCUCCGGGUCCAUUCCCUGCGGGCUUCACCACUGUGCCUCAGGGAGAAGGAAGCGCUUAGUGCUGUCCCGCAUGUUCCAGCCACAGAACCUGCGGGAAGACCAGGUACUAUCCCUGGAGGGCAGAUCUGGCGAGUUGACUUGUAAAAGCCAGCGGCUGAUGCUUCAGGUGGGCCUGAUCCACCCAGCAAGCCCCGGCUGUUACCACCUUCUGCCUUAUACUGUGCGUGCCAUGGAGAAGCUCGUGCGGGUGAUAGACCAGGAGAUGCAGGCCAUCGGGGGACAGAAGGUCAAUAUGCCCAGCCUCAGCUCAGCAGAGCUCUGGCGAGCUACCAACCGGUGGGACCUGAUGGGUAAGGAGCUACUAAGACUUAGAGACAGACAUGGCAAGGAAUACUGCUUAGGACCAACUCACGAGGAAGCGGUCACGGCUCUUGUAGCCUCCCAGAAGACAUUGUCCUACAAGCAGCUUCCGUUCCUGCUGUACCAGGUAACAAGGAAGUUUCGGGAUGAGCCCAGGCCCCGGUUUGGUCUUCUCCGUGGCCGAGAGUUUUACAUGAAAGACAUGUAUACCUUUGACUCCUCCACAGAGGCCGCCUGGCACACCUACAGCCUGGUGUGUGGUGCCUACUGUAGCCUGUUUAACAGGCUGGGGCUGCCAUUCGUCAAGGUCCAAGCGGACGUGGGCAGCAUCGGGGGCAUGAUGUCUCAUGAGUUCCAGCUACCAGUGGAUGUUGGCGAGGACCAGCUUGCAAUCUGUCCCAGCUGCAGCUUCUCAGCCAACAUGGAGACACUAGACCUGUCACAAAUGAAUUGCCCUGUGUGCCAGGGACCACUGACCAAAACCAAAGGCAUUGAGGUGGGGCACACGUUUUACCUGGGCACCAAGUACUCUUCCAUUUUCAAUGCCCAGUUUACCAACGUCCAUGGCAAACCAUCGCUGGCUGAAAUGGGGUGCUAUGGCUUGGGUGUGACGCGAAUCUUGGCUGCUGCAAUUGAAGUGCUCUCUACAGAAGACUGCAUUCGCUGGCCCGGCCUCCUGGCCCCUUACCAAGUCUGCCUCAUCCCACCUAAGAGAGGCAGCAAGGAGGAGGGCGCCACGGAGCUCCUGGGGAGCCUGCAUGACCACAUCGCUGAGGCGCUGCCACAGCUUCACGGCGAGGUCCUGCUGGAUGACAGGACUCAUCUGACCAUUGGAAACAGACUGAAAGAUGCCAACAAGCUUGGCUACCCCUUUGUGAUAAUCGCUGGCAAGAGGGCUCUGGAGGACCCUUCACAUUUCGAGGUUUGGUGCCAGAACACCAGUGAGGUGGUCUUCCUCACCAAAGAAGGGGUCGUGGAAUUACUGAGUACGGUGCAGGUUGUCUGAAUACACCCCCACCCCUCCCCUGCCCCAUCCUGCAGCCUCAGUGUUCACUCUAAGGCUGCGUCUUCCUACGGUCC